CUGGGAAAGUGUGCGGCUGCGAAGAAUUACAGGGUGACACGAACCAGGGAGCUAAGAGCGCACCCGUGUGUCCUUGCACUGAACAUGGUAUCAUUGGUGAGCAUAGCAAGCGUGAUCCUCUUGGCUUGGACCUGCAGUUGUGAUGAAGCCCCCUGUGGAGUGAAGAGGUUCAAGCCAUUGCCGACUGAGAAGGCACGAACUGCGGAAUGGCCUUGGAUGGCUUCUAUCAUGGAGUACAAUCAGCGAAAGACACCCGACUAUCUCUGUGCCGGUGUUCUGAUCAGCGAGCGACAUGUCUUAACAGCGGCUCACUGCUUUGACCCGAGGCCACAGAACCCGCGGUUGUACUCGGUUCAACUGGAGUCGGAGUCCACCGAAUCCGGAGUGGAGUACAACGUGUACGACGUCGAAGUGCAUCCAGACUACUUGCCCGGGAGCAGCUACUACGACCUGGCUGUGAUGACGCUGCGCACUAACGUGGCCAACGAUACCAUGCCCAUCUGUCUGCCCACCCGUACUGACGCCUUCGACAAGAGGCUGUCUUACGUUCUCGAGUGGUCGCCCAAGUAUUACGGGAACAAAUCCCCCAUGGCCCUUCGUGCUCGUCGAGCCCUCGUGGCAAACAACGCGGACUGCAGCGAGUUUUUCAGCAAUGUCAGGAUGCGCGAGCUUCCAAGGGGCAUCAUCGCUGGCCAGAUGUGCACCGAUAUCCAAGAAAUACAAGGCGGUUGUGAUCGUUACAUGGGUUCGCCGAUGAUCGUGCCAGAUCGAAGUUACCGCUGGUCGGCGGUCGGAGUGGCCACGUUCGGAGAGAAAUGCCGCGACCACAAUUUCCCCGGAGUGUACACCAAGGUCACGCACUACUUGCCUUGGAUCCAACGUAUAAUGAAAAGCACUUAGCCGUUGCUUUCACUCACCACUUCGCUCAACCAUCUAAAUGACCAUGUAUUCGCACCUUCUAGCCAUUAUUGCUGCAAUAAAGUUGCGGUAACAGUCGAA